AUGGACGGAAGUGUAAAUAACGAAAAACAAACCGCAAAUUUUAAAACGGAUAACUCCGAUUCAGAAACAAAACCGAGUUUGAAUCAAGAUUCCCCGGAUAAAGCAAAGGUUUCCCCACAUACUGGACAAGAUGUCAUACCUAGCUCUGACAAAGCAAGGCUAGAAAAACGUCACAACUUACCUGGUUUCCAAAACACACAAGUCGGCAUGACAGAUCACAUGGAUCCUCCGAAGUCAAAGAAACACAAACUUUCUCCCAGUAGUUCACUUGUUGAUUUUAAUGAAAACCAAGAAAUUGGCAAGCGUAGACGAGUGCAGCAUGAUUAUCGACGUCUCUCAAGUUCUGGUUAUCUUGAUGACUAUGAAACAAGUCGUGAAAGACGUUUCUCAUCGGAUUCUGAUGCAACUUCUACAUCUCCGAGCCCAAAUAAACAGAAAUGUGUGCCUACUACACCUACAGGAUCUGUAGAGGAUGACGGGACUCCUCAUGUUAAAAUAACAUUAAAAUUAUCUAAGACUGAAAAUGGAACAUUUGUUAAUGGUAGCAUUUCUCCAGACAAAACCAACCCUGAUGAGCUGCAAAAACGCCACAAGACAUCUCAAAAUGGACACCAUCAUCAUCACAAGGAUACAGAUAAAUCACACCAUCACCACCAUCAUACACACAAACAUUCCCAUAAAGACAAAAAUAAAGAGAAAUCUUCAGAUUCAAAGGAACCAAAAAGCAAAGAGCCACAUCACAAGGAUAACAAACAAGAGAGAAAGAAUAAAUCUGAAUAUCUUAAAUCAGACAACAUCGAAAGGGUUCAGGCAAAUGAAUCAAAGGAAAACAUUGAUAAUUCAAAUUCGGUAACUGAUAUUACAAACAAAAUGAAGGAUGAAAAUGUCAUCACAAACCUUAAUACAAAGAAAAAAGAGGAUAAGAAUCAAAAGGAUUCACAUAUCCAUGAGAAAACAUAUGAGCCAAGUACUGAAGCGAAAAAAUCAGAGCCAAGUAUUGAAGCGAAAAAAUCACAGCCAAGUAUUGAAGCGAAAAAAUCACAGCCAAGUAUUGAAGUGAAAAAAUCUGAGCCAAUUAUUCAGGAGAAAAAGUCUGAGUCAAGUACUGAAGCGAAAAAAUCAGAUCCAAGUAUUGAAGUGAAAAAGUCUGAGCCAAUUAUUCAGGAGAAAAAGUCUGAGUCAAGUACUGAAGCGAAAAAAUCAGAGCCAAGUAUUGAAGUGAAAAAAUCUGAGCCAAUUAUUCAGGAGAAAAGGUCUGGGCCAAGUAUUGAAGUGAAAACAUCUGAGUCAAGUAUCCAAGAGAAAAAAUCUGAGUCAAGCAUUGAAGUGAAUAAGUCUGAGCCAUGUUUUCAAGAGAAAAAAUCUGAGUCAAGUUUUCUAGAAAAAAAAUCUGAGUCAACUGUUCAAGAGAAGAAAUCUGAGCCAGAAAGUGUGAAUGCUAAAAAUCCAGAAAAGAUAGACGAAUGCCGGAAAGUGAAUAAUGAGACAAAGGUCUUUGACGUAUCAAGUAAAAUUCAUUCCAACAGUGAUGUUGACACUUUAAAUCUUUCUAACGGCCGUAAUAAGCCUCAGGUUGUGACUGAUGGAAAGCAUGAAGUUAAAAGUGAAGAAGGUCCAUCUGAAACUAAAACAUCAUCUGAACAAACCAUCCGAUCCAUUGCAGCAAAUGGAGACCAAGCACAAGUUGCUUUAAAGGACAAUAAGGAUAAUUCAUCAAGUUCAAAGUUUGAGGAUCGUAGUUCUCAUAGAUCAAAGCACCAUAAACAUCACAGUCGAGAUAGAAGUGGUUCCAAAUCCUCCUCAGAGCAUAGAUCUCACAGGCAUGACCAUCAAUCUAAACCAGAGCAGAAGUCAAGUACAACACAUCAAAAGGAUAAGGAACAAAACAGUUCAGAACUGUCUCAAAAGACCGAACUCCAUAAUAAGAAUAAAACAAGGACUUUAGAAACAAAAGAAGUGUUGGUUGGCAAAUCUGAGAAUGUUGGUCCAUUAGCAAAGCAUAGUGAGAAAGCAGCAUAUGAUAUCAAGACUAAGGAUUCGAAAACAAAUACACAUAGUCAUUCAUCAUCCAAAACAGAAAAUAGGCAGCACUGUGACCCAAAAGAAUCACAAAGUAAACAGAGAUCUGCAGAGAGCUCUAAUGGUGUUUCUAAGUCAAGUGUCAGUGACACACCAAGUAAAUCUAAACCAUCAGAAGCUUCAGCUGAAAAGUCAAGAAGUCAUCAUCGUAAGAAAAGGAUUGUUAAUUGUGGUGUGCAAGUUAACAUGAGGAAGAAAAUCGAUACAAAGGAAACUCAGGUUAAUGCAGAUGAUAUUGCAUCUGACUGCCGGGAUAGUAUGAAAGAUACUAUGAAAAUCUCAGAGAAAAAGUUUCAAAGAAUUGCUUAUGUGCAGCAGAGUAUUUCUAAUACUGAGCAACAAAAACUGUAUGCAAAACACUCUAAAGUAACUCCCAAAAAGCAAGCAAGUGUAGACAACUCUGAAAAAGUUACUGUGAAGUUUAGUGAUGAAAUCUCAACAAAAUCUCAGGACAAGAAACUUUGGAAAUUUGAAGCAGAGUCACUUGAUAAGUACAAACAUAAAUCAUUGUUGCAUGUUGAGCAAUAUUCCAAUGGGGGAGGACUUGUCUGUCAUGCCUACCAGCAAGAGGUAGAUAAACUAUCAGAUUCAGAAAAAAAGGAGUUCGCAAAAGAAUACUUUGACUUUGUGUAUGGUGAGCCAAAUGAGGGUGUGGCAAACUGUUGUAUGGGCAUAGUGCAUGGAGCAUUAGCUCACUGGCCAGAUCUUGUUGAGCACUUUGCUGACAUAUAUCCAAAUUUGACCAUCAAAACUGGUGUAUUGGGUAAGAGCGAUAUAGAGACAAUGAGUAUGGAGAAAUACAGAGAGCAUCUUCAUAAGUCAUACAAAGCUGGCACUUUUCGAUGUGGACCACUAUUACAAGUGAGUUUAGUGGGUACAGCACAAGAAGAGGUUGGGGAUUAUUUCCCAGAGGUUCUUGAUAUGUGUGAAAGUGAUCCAUUCCUGGACCUGGUGAUGCCGUGGGGAGAAUUGUCUUCAGUAAGGAUGGCCUCAAGAAAUAUGAGUAAUGAUGGGCCAAUUCUCUGGACAAGGCCAGGGGAGCAGCUCAUCCCAACAGCUGAUAUGCCAAAAUCUCCCUUCAAGAGAAAAAGGGGUAUGAAUGAGUUAAAGAACCUGCAGUAUUUGCCACGCUCCUCAGAGCCCAGAGAGACCAUGGUAGAGGACCGAACACGCUGUCAUGCAGAUCAUGUUGGGCACGGUUUUGACAGGCACACCACGGCAGCUGUUGGAAUGCUCAAGGCUGUAAACUGUGGGGAUAAACCUGUAGAGGAUCGUAUUGUGAAGGAUGUGAUAUGCUUUCACCCCGGGGAUUUCAUGCAGCUGGUGGACAAACUACAGCUAGAUCUCCAUGAACCCCCUGUAUCCCAGUGUGUUACCUGGGUUGAAGACGCCAAACUGAACUACCUCCACCGAGAAGGGAUCCGAUAUGCGAAGAUUCAGUUACGCGAUAAUGACAUUUAUUUCAUCCCCCGCAAUGUUGUCCACCAGUUUAAGACAGUUUCAGCUGUGACGAGCGUGGCCUGGCAUGUCCGACUGAGAAACUAUUAUCCUGAGCUAGACAGAGAUCCUGAACUGUUGGAAGAGCAUAAGAGGUUGGAAGUUGUCAUGGCAGAAAGUAGAAUUCGAGAGAAGGAAGAAAGAGUGAGGAAAGAGAAAGAGAAAAGAGAGGCUGCAAUUCUCGCUAGGGAGAAGAAGCUGGAAAAACUGGCUCAAAAAGCUAAACUUGAGGAAGAAUCACCUCUGAAGAAACAAAAGCUGGAAGCCAGUAAGACUCCGUUGAAACACGAGCCCAAAGAUGACGUGAAUUUGGUAAGAGAUGGUAGUGGCAUUCCUCAGGUCAAAAGUGAAGCUGUUGGAAUGGUGAAAAUGGAAAGAUCUGGAAGUGUUGAGGUUAUAAAUCCAAUGGAGGCAUUAAGGAAGGCAGUUAAGGAUGAACACAAGGCUAGAACACUUAAGUUGGCGAACAAGAGUGAUGUGAAAGUUGGCACGAUGGUUGGUACAUGUGUACCGGAAGGUUCCAGCACCAGUUUUUCAUCCGCUUUGUCUAGAGGAGAUGUCACUCCAACCAAACAAACUGUGGCCUGGGUAAAGAAUGAGAAAGAUGUUGAUAGUAUUGAUGCUCUUAGGGCAAAGAAGUGUGAACUGAAAGAACUUGGUAUUAAGAAAGUCUCUGUUGUGCAUAGUAAAGUUGCCAUAAAAGGUGUUGAACCACAAGUUAUCAAGAUCGCAGUUGAGAGGAAACCCAGUGACAAUGUAGGGAAAGUGGUUAAAGUUCACAGCAGUGUGGAACAAACAAAUCCUGAAAUUAAAGCAGCAAAGAUUGUUACUGAAUCUCACCAAAAUGUUAGUGACACUCUGAAAGACACAAGUCAUGUUGAAAAAGUGCUAAGUGUUAAGACUAGUGUCCCACUAAUAGAUAACAUUGAUUCUACCCAUGACACUUCAGGUAUUUCAGAAUUGUCGAAGGAUGUGCCUAUAGAUGAUAACUCAGUCAAAACAGUAGACAAUAAGGGUGAUCAUUCACAGGAAUGUGUUUUACUUGACACCCAACAGUCUCUUCAGGCAGCAGAAAAUAUAACAGAUGAAAAUGAUGACGAAAAACCAAUGGAAACAUAGAGAACUACAAUAUUACGGAUCUGUUUUAUUUUGGACCUGUGUAAAUCAUUUGUUUUAAUGUGCUGACAUUACACUUGUAUACAUGUAGUUGUAGUGUGUAUCCAUGCAUGUAGCUGUUCUUGUUAACUGAUACUUGCUCUUUUGUGGUUGUACCAAAUUAUGAAUAGCUUUUGUCAUUAAGUUGUCCAUUGUUUGUAAUUUGAAAAAUGAAAGUGCUUUGAAAUACUGUAUACAUUUAUGAUAUUUUUUAAACGGAUGUAUUCAUAAUGACAUUUACCUUCAGAGGAUUUUUCUGAGAUCAUGCAAGUGAAAAGUGAUAAUGUUUAAUAAGUUUUAAUAUUUGAUUGAUGAAAUGCAUCUUGUCGAGAUCAAAAAACUUAUCAGAAACAUAAGUGUUUUGUACAUGAUUCGAACAUUAAAUUAACAUACUUUAUACCUUUAUGCAGCAUUUAAAGGUACCGUUUACACUCUUACAUUUGAAGGCAUUAAUUUACCAAUAGUAGCGUGUUCAACCUACAUGAUAAUUAUCAGUUAAAUCUUAAUUUACAUGUGUUAGUUGAGUGUCAAGUAAAGAAAUCUAAUUUACAAUCAGGAAUUAUGUAACUUUCCAGUAAAUCGAAGGCUUGCAGACCGGUGGAUAUAGAUAUACGUAUUAGACUUUGGUUUGUGGUCACUAAGCCCGCUAAGUGGGUUUUCUCGGGACACUCUGUUUCCUCCUCAACACAGAACUCAACAUUGUACUAAGAAGAGUGACAUAAAACAUACGCUCAUAACUUUCUUCACAAUUGUUGUAAAAUAAAUACAGUUUAAGUUGAAAAAGGAAAAAGGUACAUGUUCUUCCUUAUUUCAAUGAAAGCAAAUGAACUGAAAUAUUACAUUAUUUAAACACAUAUGUGUUGAUAAACUAAAUGAACUUGUUUCUUGAUAUUUUUCUCAUUUAACACACAUAUGUUGCAUAAAGUUUUAUGUUAUUUAAUUCAUGUGCUGGCAGCAGUCAUUUAUUGGUCACUGGGCUCAUCACAAGCUUACAUUACAUCUUUCGUUAUUUAUUUUCCAUCUCGUAUCAUUAUACAUUGAUUAUUGAUUUAAAGACAUAUCGUCACCUUAGUGCAAUAACUCAAUAACUGCAUAUAGAUAUAUAAGCAUAUAUUGAGUUCUUGCACUAAGGUGACGAUAUAUGUAUUAGAUUGAUUGAAAAUAUACAAGCCCCAUUUCAUAAAAUAUUUUACAAUUUGUUUUUCAAACCUAUUAAUAUUUUGGUAGAAGUAAAAAUAAACUCAAUGUUUUUUGUUGUUGUUGCAGAAACUCUUUAACUGCCAUUUUUGACACUAAUAAAUAUAUUUAAAGAAGUUUUUAAUUGAAUAUGUUACACUACUUAAAGAUUUUUUUUUAUAUUGGGAUACUCUUGCUUAACUUAAAGGUCGCCUUCACGUUUUUUUUUAAUUAGAGAAAAAACUUAUGUUCUUGUCAUAGCCUUGGCAUUAUUGUUGAAUAGACAAUAUGCACAUGUACAGUAAGGCCCAUAACUCUGACAUAAAUACUUACUAAGUUAUGCCCCUUUUUGGACUGAAAAUCAACAGAUGAGCAUUGAAGUUGUCUUUAAUUUAGUUUUAAAGCUUGCUACUGUAAAGGAGACAUUGAGAGUAUUUCUUGUAAUGUUUGUGGUUACAUGUGCGAGUGACAGAAUGUUUUGCAGAUGUCAAUAUCCUCUUAUUUUUCUGUUUUCAAGUUUUGAAUUCAGCUGAUGACUUGUAUAAAUGCCUUGUUAAAGAAAUAAAACGAUUAGUGCUGUGUUAAAUAGGCAUUGUUGUUUACUUAUGGCAGUAAAUGUGUCUGAAGAGGUUAUCAGUUAUGAACAAGUGCUAAUUAUGUGUUCAGUUUUACCAUUUUGAAAUUUUGUUAUUUAAAGGAAAUAAGUUUUAACAGAUUGGAGAUUAAUGUAAGCAUACACACUCACUUCAAUGUCAUUACUCCAAUACUGAAAUAAAUGUCAAUUUAAAGUGUGCAACUCUUUCAAUUAAUUAACUGACGUUAUUACAAAUAAUUGUAAGGGAGGGGUGGUUGUUACUAUGUUAACAGUGUUUUGUUAAACUGUCAAAAAAUUAUAAAAAAAAAACAGGGUUGAUUGUAAUAGAACUUUAUUAAAAGUAACAUGAUUGUCAGCGUCAUCGUUGUAAACUUAUAAUCUCCUGACUUUCAUGGACACAUUUUUGACCUGCAGCAUUUCUAAUAUGAUUAAGCUCGACUGAUUUAACCUAAAUUGUUUUAAUUCAAUAAAAAGUGGUAUGUAAUGUUAUUGGAAGUAUCUCCCUGUGGAUGUAUGUGUUGAAUAAGUUUAUUUUAAAGGGCAUAGUUCUGAGUAAGAAAUAUUAGGUCAUACAAUAUAUACAUGUAAAGCCCUCUCCACACAUAGAAGCUUUUCAACUCUUUGUUGGGGAUGUCCUCCCUUUUCUCUAAUAAUGGAAUGAGUGUUUAUGCCUGUAUGAUAGAUCACUAUUUUAAGGCAAAAACAAUCAAAUUCUUAAGCAUUCAGGUAUUUGAUUUUGUUUUUCCGUAUAUAUAUUGGGAUACAAUAUAACGUCGAUGGCGGAGUUAGAAUUUCAAAGAUAUUUAAAAGUUUGUUAUAGGAUACACUGUGCCAACGCAGAUUGGUGUAUAGUUAAAAAAGAUCUCUGUCAUGUCAGAAAAAGCUUGACACAUUUUGAAAUAUUCAAUAUAUUGUUUCAUCAGUUCUGCAUUUUCCUUUUCUCACUCAUAUAUAUGUUUACAUUGUUGUGUUGUUGUAUAUUUGCCUUUCCACUGUCUGUUGAUGAAUAAAGAUGUGAAUGUG